ACGCCCCCGCAAUACACGUUUUAUGAAAACAAAAUGGCGGGAAUUGGGGAGGACUAUGCUAUGGAAGACGGUUCCGUUGAAAAGGUCAAGUCUUCUGCUAAAGUGAGGAAAGGGAGAGGAUUCGGAGAUAAAGACAGAGAUUAUGAGAAGCUCCAGUACGAAUCCAUCGACUCCAGUGAAGGACCAGGGCCCAUGAGGUCAAUUGAAGGUUGGAUACUUUUUGUCACUGGUGUAAAUGAGGAGGCUCAAGAAGAUGAGUUAAUGGACAAAUUUGCAGAAUAUGGAGAAGUCAAAAACAUGCAUGUAAAUUUGGAUCGCAGGACUGGUUUUUUAAAGGGAUACACUCUUGUGGAAUAUGAAACCUAUAGAGAGGCUCAGCAGGCUAUUAAUGCUUUGAAUGGUGCUGAGUUUUUAGGUCAGAUGUUAAAAGUUGACUGGGCAUUUAUCAAGCAUCCAAAGACAGGAGUUGGAAGGAGGCUCUCCAGUGGGUUACGAUAACUUCAUGGUACUAUUCAGUUACUUGUUCUCUUGAUUCUAAUUGAACAUAAUUUUCAGAGAGCAAAAAAUUAUUUUUAAUAACAA